GGGUUAUUCGAAGUUGGAAAAUUGAACUAUUGGUUAUACAAAGUCGAAGAAUUUAACGUAAUUUUUGGAGUCUUGUGCAGGUUUCUUUUUUUUCGAUGUUCAGAGAGACAUAAAGAGCAAUGAUAUAAAUUGAAAUGAUGACCGGGUUACGGAAUGCACAUUGUGGAUUUGUGGUACAAUCGUAUAAGUGUUGUGAUAUGUUUUGUUGAUGAUGUUAUCAGGGAGAUGAUUUGUGUGUUAGCUACUACUACAUUGACAGUGAGCUCAAUGCUUAUGCCAUAUCUUCUGCUCAGGUCAACUGCUUAGCUUGCUUAUCUAUUUUUAUACAACUAUUGUACGAAUACACAAAGGAAGUACGGAAUUAUGUUGAGUACAUUUGAUAAUUCGGUUCCAUGGAAAGUCGAAAAACCUUUAAACUGUUGCCAUGCUUCGGUGAUUGUAAGUUGUAAUUGCUUUGUGUAAAUGGAUCAUUUGGUAAAAAAAAAAUAAAUAAAAAAAUAAGUUGUUUGGAUGAACUAUUUUAAUGUUAAUUUGUUUUAUGGAAUGAGUGUUACCCUUGGCCCUAAAUCUCCAAGACGAUACAGAAAAAGUGUCAGUGGGAUGUCUUUGUGGCUUGACGGCUUUAAGAGAAGUAAUGUUGUUUCUGCAUCUGGUAUACUUGAGUUUGCUUACAGGGAUUUGCAGAAGGCGACUCAGAAUUUCACAACAUUGGUUGGCCAGGGUGCAUAUGGUCCUGUGUACAAAGCUCAAAUGUCAACUGGUGAAAUAGUUGCUGUGAAGGUGCUGGCAACUGAUUCAAAGCAAGGGGAGCGAGAAUUUGAAACACAGGUAAUGUCAUAUUUUAAUCAGUGCAGCUUCUUAGCGGCAUUUAAUCUAUACCAAGGUUCAUCCUUAGAUGUCCUGUGUGGUAGACAAGUUGCUGUCUCUUUUUAUGCUGUUAAGCUGUUAGGAAGGUUGCAUCACAGGAACCUCUUGAAUUUGCUUGGAAAUUUUUUAGGUGAGCUGCCAUCGGCAAUGAGGACAGCAGCUUGGGUGGGGAAAUGGCAUUUGAUACUACAAAGACAAACACCAUUGCCACCAAUGUCACUGUGCUCUGCUCUGCAUCAGUUUUGCAUUCUUGCCACCCUUGAAGUCCUGAGUUCUAUUAGUUUUUGUAUACUGUCAGACAGCAUAUGUUAA